AGUUACUGUCACUCGGCGUUUGCAGCCGCAGUUGCAAGCAUCUCUUUAUUGUGUCGGAUCAGCGUCAAAAUAUUAGUACCAGGAUUACAAAAAAUCGCGCUGAGUGAAUUCCAUGCUUGAAAGUGUCCACAGGUGAACGAAAUGGGCUCGAAACGGCAAUUCGCGAUCAUGCAGGACGAGGCGUCCUUGCAGGCGCCCUCCGAGUACACGCUCACCACCUUGGAGAAGAAGUUCCUUUUGUUUGCCGAAAGAGGUGACUGCGCUUCGGUGAAAAGAAUAAUCAACGAAAAUCGGGAUAAACCAGACUUUGAUCUGAACUGCGUCGACCCUUUAAAUCGGUCCGCCCUGAUUGCUGCGAUCGAAAACGAAAAUAUUGAGUUAGCUAGAAUUCUGCUCGACAAUGGAAUCAGAGUCAAGGAUGCUUUGCUGCACGCAAUUAAAGAGGAAUAUGUUGAGGGUGUGGAGGUUUUGCUAGAGUGGGAGGAAAAAACCCACAAAGCAGGAGAGCCUUACAGCUGGGAAGCUGUGGACCGUGCUCAGUCGACCUUCACCCCAGACAUCACUCCCCUCAUCUUGGCAGCUCACAUGAAUAAUUACGAAAUCAUCAAAAUUCUGCUGGACAGAGGCGCUUCCUUGCCAAGCCCGCACGACGUCAGGUGUGGAUGUGACGACUGCGUCCUUUCGAGCGAGCAGGACUCGCUGCGACACUCGCAGGCGCGCAUCAACGCGUACAAGGCCCUGUCCAGUCCGUCCCUGAUUGCGCUCUCCUCGCGUGACCCUUUGCUCACGGCCUUCGAACUGUCGCGUGAACUUGCGAGGCUUCGCAAGAUGGAAAACGAAUUCCGCGAGGAGUACGAGAACCUGCGAAAGCAAUGCCAAACAUUUGCCACCUCUUUGAUGGACCACGCACGCACAUCUUAUGAGCUGGACGUGAUGCUGAACUUUGACCCGGACGAAAUCGACAAUAUUUGGGAGCCUGGCAAGCGAGGAACGCUCGAACGCCUUAAGCUCGGCAUUAAAUACAAGCAGAAAAAUUUUGUAGCCCAUCCGAACGUGCAGCAGCUCUUGGCCGCCAUGUGGUAUGACGGGUUGCCCGGCUUCAGGCGCAAGGGACCUUUGACUCGCAUUUUGGAAGUGUUCAAACUCGCGUGCAUGUUCCCCUUCAAUAGCCUCAUCUACAUGGUGGCUCCCAAUUCCCGAAAGGGCCAGUUCAUGACCAAACCGUUUGUCAAGUUCAUCACUCACUCCGCCUCUUACUUCUUGUUCUUAAUGCUUCUCGGCGCCGCUUCGCAACGAGUCGAGGUUUUGGUCAUCGAAUGGCUUGCAUAUGCUUUUGAUAAUGAUUGGUUGAGGGAGAUUUUGGUUGACUGGGCUCGAAGGGAACGUGGCUCCAUUCCGGGCGUCGUUGAAUUUGGCUGCAUCUUUUACGUAGCGAGUUUGGUGGCGUGGGAAAUACGAUCGCUGUGGGCUGACGGUCUGAUGGAGUACAUCGGCGACUUGUGGAACAUAGUUGACCUUGUGUGCAACAUGUUCUAUGUGACGUGGAUUACACUUCGGUCAAUUUCUUAUUAUAUAUCAUGGCGGGAAUAUUGGCAAGGUUUAGACCCGUACUAUCCGCGAGAAGAAUGGGAUCCGUUCGACCCAUAUUUACUAGCGGAAGGAAUGUUCUCAGCCGGAAUGAUCUUCAGUUUCUUGAAGCUGGUGCACAUAUUCAGCAUCAACCCUCAUUUGGGACCACUGCAAAUCUCAUUGGGCCGCAUGAUCAUUGACAUCAUCAAAUUUUUCUUCAUUUACACCUUGGUCCUGUUUGCUUUUGGCUGCGGCAUGAACCAGCUGCUAUGGUACUACGCUGAUUUGGAGCAGGAGAAAUGCUACUUGCCAAAUGGAGAGGCCGAUUUUGAAAAUCAAGACAAAGCUUGCACCAUCUGGAGAAGAUUUUCAAACAUGUUUGAAACAUCGCAGUCACUCUUCUGGGCCAGUUUUGGUUUGGUCGAUUUAGUUUCUUUUGAGUUGACGGGAAUCAAAUCCUUCACACGCUUCUGGGCUCUGCUAAUGUUCGGAUCGUAUUCCGUCAUCAACGUCAUUGUGCUGCUCAACAUGCUCAUUGCCAUGAUGUCAAACUCAUACCAGAUCAUUUCAGAACGAUCCGACAUUGAGUGGAAAUUUGCCAGGAGCAAACUGUGGAUCAGUUACUUUGAAGACGGCGACAUUCUGCCUCCACCCUUCAAUCUGUUCCCGUCGGUCGGAAUGAUGAGCGACGCUUUUGCAAAGAAAAAGAAACAUACGUCAAUUCGGGCUAAUAAAGAAAAAGCAGAGCACAGACAUUCGACGGUGAUGAAACUCCUAGUUAGGCGAUACGUGACGGCAGAACAGCGAAAGAGGGAUGAAUUUGGAAUCACCGAAGAUGACGUCAUGGAGAUCCGACAGGAUAUUUCCACCCUGAGAUUCGAGCUGGUUGAUAUUCUGAGGAGCAACGGCAUGAAAACACCUUUACUUGACCCGAACGAAAACUCAUUGGCCGGCAAGAAGGGCAAGCAGAUGGAACGACGCCUGCUGAAGGACUUCCAGAUCGGUUACGUGGAGGGGGUGGUGAACGAGGCCAUCAUGAACGAAAAGGGCCCGAAGGACGUGUUCUCACGGAUCGCACGGGCCAUCGGCGGGAAGAGGCCGAUGGGUGCGUCCAAGAAGAAGGACUGGAACGCGGCGGCGCAGCGCAAGAACAGCCGCAAGGACCCCAUCGGCAGCACUUCUGAGCUGGUGGUGCGCAGGUCGCGCCAGAGCAUCCGCAGGCACAUCCUUGAGAACAAGGCCAACGUGGACACCAACAGAUUGGUCGAGUACAACCCCCGACUGGUGGACGUUUCGCCCGCCGCCCGAGUCGCCUACGCCAAGUUCAAGCUGCAGAAGAUCAAGAAAGAGUACGACACCAACGACAAGGAGGCCGAUGACGUCUUCACCGCCAACGGAGUCAAGAGUCCGCCGAUUGAGCACAGACCUACUAAGAUGGUUGGUUUGGUAAAGAACUCCGUUUCUUCAAUGUCCUCAAUCACGUCAGACCCUACGUUGAAGGCAAAAAAACCGGAGACGGUUUUGCAAAUGGAACCUGACCCUCCCAAGUCGAAUGGCCAAUCUGCCGUUCAAAGGAAAGAUACCAAGAAAGAAGCCCCUGAGCCGCCAAAGGUGCACAGACCGUCCACCAAGGGCACUCCACCGCCGGCGCCCCAGAAAUCAAAGGCACCAACUCCAGCCAGCAUUCCAACCCCCUCUAAUGCCGCGGGACCCUCAUCCGGCAGAUCCUCAACAGCCGGCUCGGUACCUGCGAAGAAUAGGGGCGUUUCGCCCAUUCCUGAGGAGCGAGGAGUCUCACCCACCAUCAGGACGCCGCAAGCCGGCGGAAAAUCCUCAGUUAGUGGCAAGAUCGUGGACGGGUGGAUUUAGUGAGAUUUUGAAAUCAUUUAUGGGAUGCAGGGAAUUUAUACAAUUACAUUAUUCAACAAGAAAACUUUGGGUAUCUUCAAUAUUUGAAUUUUAAUUCUGAUAAUUCAGCAAGUUUGAAAAUUAAUUAUAUCUUGAUGAAAAAAAUAGGUUGGUUUUGACGGUUGAUCAAAGUUUAAAAUUUUCUCAAUAAUUCAAAUGUUUUUAUAAUGCACGUUUUUUCUUUGAUCAAAUAUGCGAUGAGGAAUGAAUAAGAAUUUCAAUGUUUCCUUUCAAAUUUUUCAAAAAUAUUGAACAAAUUAAAGAAAAUAUAAAAGUGUUGGAAUGGAAAAGCUGCGUUUUCAAAAAUAUUAUUAUGAAGUACUUUUGAAAUGAUAGCUGGAAAUUAUGCGUUUUUUGCACUUGUUUAAUUUUAGUCAUUAAUUGGUGAAAAAUUUAAUUUUCAUCUAAACUCUAAAGGAAACAAUAUAGUUUUUGUUAAAAAAUUGAGAAAAAGUAAUAAAAAAUAUCCUUCCAUUGUAACGAAUAUCAUACAAUCUCAAAACGUAGAGAUGUGAUAAAAAGAAUAAAUUAAAUACAAGUUCGGGCGCUAGAAAUAAUUCAUGUAGAGUAAAAAUCUCGCAAUAAAAAUCGCUUUAAAAACUGUUUUACCAUCAAAAUAAAGAAAAUAAAAAUAUAUCGAAAAUUG